AUGGUCAUUUGGGUAAGCAAUGUAGAAGCAAGCCUAGGUGUGCAAAAUGUCACGAAGAACAUGCUAGUCGCUCAUGCCACAACGACUCUGGAACAAAAAUGUUUAAUUUCCGAUGGCAGUCACUACUCAUUUGAAACCUCAAAAUGUAAUGAAUUUGAGAGGCAAAAGGCAAUUAAAAAGCAUAUGGCAAUGACUAAUUCUUCUUUUAGAGACUCAAACAAUGUGGUGCCAAAAACCACAUAUGCUUCAGUUACAAAAAAUAAUCCCAUUACGCCUCAAGAAAUCAAUAGUUCUAAUCUUCCAUCUCAAUCAUCAAUCACUCGAACAUCAAUAAAUAUACCAAAUGCGAAUUCGCACUUUACACAAAGGUUGUCUAAACCUUUGAAACGGAACUCGCCUUCCUCGCCAGAUUUGACAGAAGAAGCUAGGAGACAAAUUGUGAGUCAAAUAAACACUCCACAGGUACCCGGGGGUAUCACUAAUAACCCCAGUUACUGUGUACAUGAAUUUAAUACGAGAGAUGAGACGUUCAUCCAACAUGUUUCAGAAUUGGUUAUAUUUGUUCUUACAAAUUUUAGAGAAACAAACAUCAACAGCUUGAAUAAAUCAACUAUAACUAAUCUCAUAAGAGAAAGAUUAAAUAUAGACAAAUAA